AUGGCAUUAGUUGGAGUAAGUUGCUCGAGUCCGAAUCUGGAAAGUAUUGCAGUACCACACUUGAAUUUUAGCAAUAAUCUGUCGAAGAACAGGCCGAUUACGCCAAUUUGUUUACCUCUAUUUGGUAAAACUGAUAAUCUAAUGCGAAGAUCGAGAGGAAGCUCGACAUUGAGGAGGUUUUCAUCAUCAAGAGAAGCUGUAUUUCCGUUGGAAUCAUCCGAUGAGAGUUCUAUUACCACUGCCACUGGCUCUGAAUUGGUGGAGGAUGAACUGGAUCACGUUAUAAAGUUCAGGAUGUCUGAUUUUACAAUUGGCGAUCGAGUUAGCGUCGGCCUCGGUGGGCGGGCGGAUGAGGCAGUUUUUGAAGCAAUAGUAAAGGAUCCAAAUAGCCCUUUGUAUAGUACAAGAGUCGUGAUUCGACAAUUGACUAGUGCUCAAGCUCAGCGAAGGGGGAAACGGGCCAUAGAGGUAUUGAAAAAACUUGCUCGCCGAAGACUUAUGUAUCAUUCUUACUCAAUGCAAGUUCAUGGCUAUGUCUGUUCAACCACAACUGGCGACCAUGGUUCAUUUACCCUGGUUCACGGGUAUCAUGGGAGUUUCUCUUUGAGACAUUGGCUUCAACAAGCAGAUUGGCUGCCAACAUUAGAAGCUACUCUUGCUUUGGAUGAGGAGUCUGUUAGGAGGGUGGGAGAUGAUACAGUUGGGGGACCAGCUGUUUCUCGACAAUUGCGACUAACUCGAAUUCUUAUGAGGGAUCUCUUAAUUGGAGUUAAUUACUUACACAGCCAUGGACUUGCCCAUACAGAGUUGAGGCUGGAGAAUGUGCACAUUAGCCCUGUGGAUAGACAUAUCAAAGUAGGGAUUUUGGGGAAUGCUGCUGAUUUUUAUGAGAACAGCACAGAGAACAGCAUGUCAAUUAGCAAUGUGGACAGGCGAAAGAUGAUGAUAGCAUUUGACAUGAGAUGUGUUGGAUUCAUCAUGGCAAAAAUGGUGUUGAGGGAACUCAUGGAUCCAAUGAUCUUUGCGAAGUUCAAAGCGUUCCUUACAAUGGGAAACAAUCCUUCCUGCUUGCGUGAGUUUCUACUCAAGAUUCUCAUUAGGAAUUCCUCUUCCGGAAAUUUUGGACUCCAAAUACUGGACAGGAACUGGGGAGCAGGGUGGAACUUACUGUCCUUACUACUCGCAACCAAACCAUUGGAAAGAAUAAGUUGUUUAGAUGCUCUGAGACACCCAUUUCUAUGUGGACCGAGAUGGCGAGUAGAGCCGUCUAUGGGCAUCAUUAGGUGGAGCCUUGGUUCAACUGCAGUUCGAAUUACGGAGGAGUACAUUUAUGGGCAGCAACAGUUGUUUGCUAGCAAUGAUAAACUUCUUAUAGUCAGGUUGAGAUUUGAAUGGGAUGUGAUGGCAAUAACCUGUUACAUGGAGCGUAGUAGGCUUGCACACUUCAUCGAGUUAAUGGAAAUGUUGAAUCCUCAUUCAAAGGCAAAGCAUUGGCUGCAGUUGCUGCCUGGAAAAUGGCGCCUUUUAUACUGUACUGGGAGGCAUAUAGGAUUGACCCUUCGCCAGCCUCCUGCCCGAGUCCUUAUUGGUGAUGUGCACCUUACAGUACAUAGUGCAUCAAAGUCAACCAGGGCCCUUUCCUUUACCUCUAACAUUAGCUUCACGAUUAUGGUUGGCCGAGAUUGGCCUCAUGACAAGGCCGGAGUUGCUGGAAAUUUACAAGUAGACUCUCUUUGCCGAUUGACAGCUGGGAGACGACUCUAUCUUAAGGAGGAAAAUGCCACUCGAAACUUCCCCUCAGCCUCAUCGGAUGCUCAAGAUUCUGUGUUUAAAAAAUUGUCUAGUAAAAAAUGGAGGAAAGCAAUUCCUUUCAAGGAGUUUCCUUCAAGCCUUCCGGUGGCCAAACUCGUCUCAGGUGACGUUGAGAUGACUCUGAGUCUUGAUAGGCCAUUGAGUCAAAAUGUUAAAACUGCACAGAAUGUAAUUCAAGAAGUUCAGAUUCAAGUACCGCCCGAGAUGUUUGAUCUAUCAAAAAUUGUUUGUGGAACGUAUGUGGACUCUAGGCUACUCGUUCUUCGCAGUGCAAAUGGAUCGGCACUCUUCUUUACAAGGUCUGGUAUGAGCGAAUUCUGUAGCUAA